AUGGCGGAUGGAGAAUUGUUCGCAUUGCAGGAUCCCCAGGCUUUGGAGGCGGGACCGCGGGACCACAGGAGGCUGACCCGACUUUACUGCAUGAACGGCGGCCACCACCUGCAGAUCCUGCCCGAUGGGACGGUGCAGGGCCAGAGGGAGGAUGGAGACGCUCACACUGUUUUAAAGAUCCGGUCCGUGGACAGAGGUGUGGUGGUCAUCCAGGGGACAGAAGCUGGGCGAUAUCUGGCAAUGAACGAUGAGGGACGUCUGUACAGUUCACCCACAGUCUCUGAUGAGUCGUACUUCCUGGAGAAACUGGAGGAGAAUCACUACAACACAUAUCAGCCUCAGAAGCAACAGGAGAGGAACUGGUACGUGGCCCUGAAGAAGAACGGAAAACCUAAACUGGGUCCAAGAACUCACAUCGGGCAGAAGGCCGUCUUCUUUCUGCCCCGCCAGCUGGACGGCUCUGGGGAGUAG